AUGAAGCUUCAUGAAACCAUAAUGGAUAUGGAUAUGGCAGAUUAUAGCGUGUCCCUGGACUCUUCGUACACUAUGUUAGAGUUUGAGAACCUGCGGGUGCUCCCCACAAACUCAGGGCACAGAGACUCAGGCCUAGGCCCCCCAGAGGCCACAUCACCAGAAUCCAACCAGGCCAGCUUGCUGACUAAUGGAAUUAAUUCUCUCUGUUCCAUCUGUGGAGAUCGUGCUACGGGAAAACACUAUGGUGCCUCCAGCUGUGACGGGUGCAAAGGAUUCUUCAGAAGGAGUGUCCGCAAGAACCAUGUCUAUUCUUGCAGGUUUAACAGACAGUGUGUUAUUGACAAAGACAAGAGGAAUCAAUGCAGGUACUGUCGAUUGAGGAAAUGUUUUAGAGCAGGAAUGAAGAAAGAAGCUGUACAGAAUGAGCGGGACCGGAUAAGUAUUCGAAGGAACAGCUACGAGGACAGUGGGUCCCUGUCGAUUACCAUCCUGACCCAGGCGGAAGUGAUGGCAACUCAGGUAGGAGAAUGCUCUUAUCAUCAUCCCUUCUCAGUAUUUAUUUCAACUGCUGAUGGAAAAACAAUCUCUGCAGUCCUAGCCAGAGAGGAAUGUUGUGCACACGGGCUUAUGGAAACCUUCGCUGCCACCAAAGUGGCAUUAUUAAGAGCCCAUGCUGGGGAACACCUUCUUCUUGGAGUAGCCAAACGAUCUAUUCCCUACACGGAUUUCCUGCUUUUAGGAAAUGAUUUCAUUAUUCCUAUGCACUGCCCAGAACUGGAAAUUGCCCGAGUUGCUAUAAGAAUACUGGAUGAGUUGGUCAAGCCCUUGAGAGAAAUCCAAAUAGAUGACAACGAGUACGCUUGUCUUAAAGCUAUUAUAUUCUUUGAUCCAGACUGCAAAGGCCUGAGCGACCCAGGCAAAGUGAAACGGAUGCGCUUCCAGGUGCAGGUGAACCUGGAGGACUACGUCACGGACCGGCAGUACGACUCGAGGGGCCGCUUCAGCGACCUGCUGCUGCUGCUGCCCCCACUGCAGAGCAUCACGUGGCAGAUGAUCGAACAGAUCCAGUUCGUGAAACUCUUCGGCAUGGCUCGCAUCGACAGCUUGCUGCAGGAAAUGCUCCUGGGAGGGAACACCAUGGAAAUGCCUCAGUAUCAUUCUGGGAUGCCCAGCAUAAACCUAGAGCCAGUCCCAAGCCACAUCCUUCCCAGUAGCCUCAGUUCGGUGAUCCAGGCUGCCCCUGGACCAAGCCAGAGCUGCUCCUUUAACGAAAGUCAUGCAUCUCCAGACACAUCGGUCUCUUCUCCCACGAGCCCUGGAAAUGAAGACUAUAAAUUGGACGCUGCUAGAGGAGCUGAGAUGCCCGUUCAACUACUGCCCCAAACCAUCAUACCUAAGCAAGAGACUUUAUAA